AUGAGCUCCAAUUCCUUUGCGAGAGCAGCUGGCGCGAAGUUGCCAGCCACCACAUUGUCGUCCGGAUACAAAGAAAAAAAGAGAGACGGAAUAUAUCAGGGGUUAAUUUCUCUUGGCUACACAUCUCUUUGUUAUAGACACGGUCAGUUGUCGCUUUGUAAGAACGGGUCAAACUCCGCCUGGGACCACAAUUUGAGACUCAUCGUGUCUUUUCUCCCACUGACUCGCCUGAAUCGGGCAUCCCUCUCUCUCUUAAGCGUCCGAAAUCUAUUCACUGGGCCUGCCCCAUUGAUCAAUAUGUCACCCUCGGCGCAGAACAGUCAUUUUAAACUGCUCCAGCAGUUCAAGCCUGAUUACUCGCCGAGCGAGUUCACUCAGUAUGAAUCUCAGCGCACCGGCAUGAGAGUGGUCGUCAUCGACCAGCCGGGCCCCAAGGUCAAUGGCUAUUUUGUGCUUGCUACUGAGAUCCAUGAUGAUUCGGGAGCUCCCCACACUUUGGAGCACUUGUGUUUCAUGGGAUCCCGCAAUUAUCGCUACAAGGGUUUCUUGGAUAAGCUGGCUACCCGCGUGUACUCCAGCACCAAUGCAUGGACCGCAACUGAUCAUACUGCCUAUACACUCGAUACCGCAGGCUGGGAAGGCUUUGCGCGAAUCCUGCCCGUCUAUCUGGAGCAUGUCAUUGCUCCUACUCUGACAGACGAAGGCUGUUAUACCGAAGUGCACCACGUCGAUGGAUCUGGAAACGAUGCCGGUGUUGUGUACUCGGAGAUGCAGGGUGUUCAGAACGAUGCGGCAGAGCUGAUGGAUCUGGCAGCCCGAAGAUUGACCUACCCACCUGGUGUAGGCUUCCGCUAUGAGACUGGUGGUAUGAUGGAACAGCUCCGUGUCUUGUCUGCGGAGCGGAUCCGUGAAUUCCACCGUGAGAUGUACCAGCCCAAGAACUUGUGCCUGAUCAUCACCGGAGAGGUCGACCAGGCCAACAUGUUGGAUAUUUUGGAUAAGUUUGAAGAAACCAUUCUGGAUGUCAUCCCCAGCCCAGAGGCUCCGUUCAAGAGGCCUUGGGUGGACUCGAAGCAGGCUCCUCCUUUGGAGAAGUCAAUCAUUCAGAAGGUCGAGUUCCCCGAGGAGGACGAAUCGUUUGGUGAAAUAGAGAUCCGCUUCAUCGGACCUGAUUGCACUGACCCCGUUCAAUCCGGUGCUCUUAACGUGUCUCUUCUCUACUUGGCGGGCUCAUCUGCAGCUUUGUUGGAGAACAUUAUUGUUGAGAAGGAGCAGCUCGCCAGUGCCGUCUACUAUGCUACCGAGGACCACCCUAGCAUGGAGAUCCGCUUCACAUUGACCAGUGUCGAGACUGAAAGCUUGGAGAAGGUUGAGAAGAGAUUCUUCGAAAUUCUCAAGGAUGCCAUGGACAAGGAGUUGGAUAUGAAAUACUUGAAGGAGUGUAUCGAUCGUCAGCGUCGAACCUGGAAGUUCUCAACUGAAUCCUCGGCCUCUUCGUUCGCGGAGUACGUCAUUUCUGACUUCUUGUUUGGCAAACGCGAUGGUUCUACUAUGAUGGAUGUUGCGACUCUGAAGGAGUAUGAAGUCCUGGAGAACUGGACCGAAGACCAAUGGCGAGCCUUCAUCAAGAAGUACAUCUCCGAUGCGGCUCACGUCACCAUCCUGGGUGUUCCAUCCCAAAAGAUGUCUGAGACAUUGAAGAAGGUCGAGGAGGAUCGCGCCACUGCCCAGAAGGAGCGACUUGGCGAGAAGGGAUUGAAGGAGCUUGCCGACAAGCUUGAGAAGGCCAAGGCUGAAAACGACAAGCCCAUUCCACAGGAGUUGCUUGAGGAGUUUGCCAUUCCUGGAACCGAGUCAAUCCACUUCAUGGAGACCACCACGGCUCGUUCCGGGGCUGCUUUGAAGGCUGGACGUCCCGACAACAAAAUCCAGAAGGUCAUUGAUGCUGACAAGUCUGACUCGUCUCUCUUCAUCCACUUCGAGCACAUUCCCAGUAGCUUUGUACAGCUUGCGGUGCUGAUCUCAGCUGAUUCUGUGCCUGUUCAGCUGCGUCCUUUGCUAUCCAUCUACACUGAAGCGUUCUUCAACAUCCCUGUUCAGCGUGAUGGCCAGACCAUUGACUUUGAGCAAGUCGUUGUGCAGCUGGAGCGAGACACAGUUGGUUACUCUAUGGAGACCGCCCGUAGCCUCGGAAACUCCGAGAUGCUCCGCGUCUCCUUCCAGGUCGAGCUGGAGAAGUAUGAAAACGCCAUCGCCUGGCUGAAAGAGCUGUCCUGGAACUCCAUCUUCGAUGUUGAAAGACUCCGAGCCAUUAACACCCGUCUUUUGGCUGAUGUGCCCGACUCCAAGCGUAGCGGUGAUGACAUGCUCGCCGCAGCCCAUGUGAUGGUUCACUAUGCCAACGAAUCCAUUGUCCGAGCUCGUUCCACUCUAGUGAAGGCUCGCUACCUUAAGCGUGUCAAGCGUCUGCUCGCUGACAAGCCCGAGGAAAUCGUGAGCCGCAUGGAGGAAAUCCGCCGCUCGCUGUUCCAGCCCGACAACGUCCGCGUCAUCGUCAUCGCUGACCUUGAGAAGCUGAAGAACCCCGUUUCGGCUUGGAAGCCCUUCGCCGAUUCUCUCGGCGCCAGUGCCGAUCCCCGCCCCAUCACCAACCGACGGGCUCGUCUCAGUGAUGCUGGCAAGAACGUCGGCGGCAAGUCAUACAUCGUCCCCAUGCCGACGGUUGACUCGUCUUUCGCCUACGCUACCGGUCGUGGUCUGGACUCCUACGAUCACCCCAGUCUGCCUGCCCUGCUGGUCGCAAUCUCCUACAUGAAUGCCGUCGAGGGUCCCCUCUGGGUUGCUGUUCGUGGAACCGGUCUGGCGUAUGGCACCAACUUCAGCUACAACAUUGAUACUGGCUUUGUCAACUUCGAUGUGUAUCGUUCGCCAAACGCACACAAGGCUUUCGAGUCUAGCAAGCAGAUUGUCGAGGAUCAUCUCUCUGGAGCCUCGCCUUUCGACCCACUGAUGCUGGAGGGCGCUAUUAGCAGCAUUGUGGUCAACUUUGCAAACGAGCAAAUGACUGCCGCUAGUGCUGCGCAAGGCAGUUUUAUUCGCCAGGUUGUGCGCAACUUGCCCAGUGAUUACAAGGAGGCGAUGCUCAAGAAUGUGCGCGCUAUCACUGUUGACCAAAUCAAGGGUGCUUUGCGUGAUAUUAUCCUGCCCAUGUUCGAUCCCAAGAAGGCCAACCUGGUCGUCACCUGCGCAACUGUGCUGGAAGAGGCUAUUAAGCAGGGCUUCGAGGCUUCUGGCUUCACCCCUACAGUUCAGCCUCUCAAGGAAUUUGAAGAUGACUACGGUCUAAAGCUUGACGACCAGGAUGACGAUGAUGAGGAUUCGGAUGAUGAAGAUGAUGAGUCUGGCUCCGAAGACGAUGACGAAGACGAGGAUGACUCGGAAGAAGAUGACGAUUGA